AUUUUUCCCCCCUAAAGUUUGUCUUUCCUUUGCAAACUGUAUUCCUUUUUGCGCAAAUCCGGCGGGGGGAGUAUUCGAAUAUACUGUGUACGGAAGCCUGUUGUUUGUCGGCUUUACUUUUUUUUCCAGAAAGCGUGCAUCCAUGAGCAAAAGAAGAGCCGAGACAAUUCGUUGUGAAGUUCCGCUGAAAAGACGCUUGCGGUCACUGUCUUCUCCUGUAUGUGUAAAAGACCGCAGCAGAGCCGUGGAAAACGUGGUGUCAAUUGGGGGGAGGCGGUGCACCAUUAAGAGGCAACGCAGCUUAGACGAAGAUGACGGUGACUGGAGGACGAAUUCUGUCUCAUGUAGGAAGAGAAAGGAAGAGGAACAGCUGAGAACAGAGGAGCCCAAUGCAGUUACUCUGGCCGACGCCGUGAAAAGUGAGAUUGUGUUUAAAGCGGUAAAUGAGGAAACGCUUCAAAAUGACAAGGUAAUUUCAGAAGAGGAAGAUCUCGAAUGUUUUAAUACAUUUCAGUACUGGAGAGCUCCACUGCCCGAAUUAGAUUUGUCUGAGCUUCAGGAUUUAGAUUCUGAUAAAAUAACUUGUAAAACAACAAUGAAAUAUGAAGAAUGUACAGAUGUUGAUAUGGAAACCUGAAGGAAAGUGUGGAUCUUUAAAGAUUUGUUUGAUUCUACAGCGUGUUUGAGAAGCAUAAUGCUGGCAAAAAGUUUGCCGUCCUGGCUUCAAGAGUUGGUAAUACAAUGAAGUUUAGCUAUGUGGCUGACAAAAGAGGGUUUGGAUGGUGUAACAUCUGAGGUUCGUAACACUGGACAAGAAGGAAUAAUUUUUUGUGUAGGACUUAAGAAAAUUUUUUUUAUGCUAUUGCAGUUUUACAUUAUUAUGGACUAUAUUUUUUUUACUUGCUGGAAUAAAAAAGCAUAAAGAAUACACCACGUAUUUAUUAAUAUAAAGGGAGGAUUUUUCUUAAGAUUUAUGUUCAGUGUACUGCAGACAUAGAACUAAUGUUGGAUGUUACCGCUUAAUCAGCAUACUGUAUGUUUUUCCAAUUUUUUGUAUUUGUGUUUUUAAAUAAAUCCUUCUAGUUUAAAGAUUGUCAUUUAUUUUUUUAGUUUAUUCAUAGGCACUUUGUGACAUGGUGAGCAGUUUUGAAGUUGAUAGAUUUUUCUCUUAUUAUAAACAUCCUUGUAAACAAGGAUAAUAAUUUUAUCUGAUGGAAAAUCAUAACUGAUACUGCAUUCAACAUUUUCUAUACUUUUUCUUUGUUCUGUCCUUUAAAAAUCAAAGAAAAUAUUUGUUUUAAUAAAGAAAAGUAUUAUUAGAGACUUGAAAAAUGAUAAAAGUUAAAUGUUGCUGUCAUCUGAUAAAACCUUUUGAUUUUGUCAUAAUAGCCACAUGUCAAAUCAAUUCUCUUCAUAUUGCCAAAAAAAGUUGUGUCUGCUUACUAUUGAUCAAUGUCAUCAAAUUUAGACAGCCUCCUACUUACUCUUGGAACCCUCACCUCGCUUAUUCUAAUCUGUAAAAAUAAUCAAACUAUUUUGUACACCAUUAAUUUACCAUUUAAACUGCUUUUAAGGAGUGUCAGGAAAAGUGAAAUAAUCCUGAUACCUGCUUAAAAAAGGAAAACUAAGGACUAAAAGUUAUGUUUAAACACCGUUCAUUUGAUGUUAUGACUAAAAAGAUGCAUUUAGAAACUAUUUUUAGGAAAUUAAUAACCAGCUUUACACUUUUAUGGCAUAAAGAUGAUUAACCUUUGAGCUCAUUCUUUCUGCAGCUGUUCUUGCUACUUUAAGGAUUUACACACCUAGUGCCUCUUCAUUUUUGCAGUUUGAGCACUUCUUCUUGCAUAAAUAAUUUUGUUCAUAUAGUGUAAUCUGUAAGGUCUGCCUUUUUGCAGAUUCUUCAUGUACUGUAUGAUAUUUAUUAGAGUAAGUAUUAAUGACAGAAUUAAAUCUCAGUAAAAUUAUUUGGUACUGGAAUUUAGGCAAGGCACAAAAAAAAAUCACCCUCACUGCUCUCCUUAAGUGGUGAGGUUGGAGAGCUUUGGGAGAAUCUCGGCUUCUUGGGCCCCACCAUUCAAACCUUCCUAAUAUGGGAAGUCUGCACCUACAUUCUGAUCAGAAUAGGUUGUUACUUCUGAGACAAAUAAAGAAGUCUGGCGAGUUACUGUAGCAGUGGCCCUUUUACAGGUCUGUUAUUGAAAUUAUUUGGACCUUCCCCAUGAGCGUGUUGUGUGGUCAAUAAAAAUGAGCACCAGCAGUAGCUACUGAGAACAGUAUAUGCAGUGCUUCUGAAACCAUAUAAGGACUGUGAACUUGUUCUCUUUAUGGGUGAAACAUAAAGCAGUAAUGGUUUUGUGUAAACUGUUUAAUCCUGUCCCUCUUCUAUUUACUACAGUGUGUCUGGCUUAGCUCUAUUAAAAAUAGUUUACACGCUUAAUAAUAUCUACAUACAAGCUAGAAAACACAACUUGGUCUUGAUUUUAAGUCUUCUGUACUAAUUUGUUUUAUUGUGGGGGUCUAUGAGCUGUUAAAGAAUAAUGAUUACUAUUAUUCUAACUUUUUUGUUUAGUGUUUUAUUUGUAUAAACUUAAAUCAAACCAACUUUUUAGAACUGUUAAAAUAUUAUAAUAAAGUAAUUAUAAUAGAAAUAAAUCUGGUGUGGAUGAAUUCAUUGAUGAAUUUGAUCAGAUUACUUCACACACGUGCUCUUGGGAGAUAACUUUAAGUCUCACGGGCACUGCCUUUUCUCUUCCUCCCUCAGCAGAAGCGGUGAUUGACUGUUGCAACACCAGUGACAUCACUACCAGUUCCCAAAUUCCUGAACCCUCCAUUUCUUGUCCUCUCAAGUGAAAACCGGCUCUCAUGCAUUCUUGCAGCCAGUCAUAUGGAGACUUGGGUCUGAAAGCACAAUUCAUUGUUAUUGUUUUUUGUCAGUCUGCCAUUUAUACAGGAUUUACA